AAGAGAGCGAUGGUGCCGACGAGGACUCUGCUGCUGCUCGCCGCCGGGCUCGUGGUGGCCCAAGCGGCCGCCGUGGGCAACCGGUCGGCCAUCCGCAUCAAGCGGGCAGACGCGGUCAACAAGUUCCCCGACGGCUUCAUGUUCGGCGCAGCUACGGCAGCUUACCAGAUCGAGGGUGCCUGGAACGAGGACGGCAAAGGUGAGAACAUAUGGGACCACAUGUUGCACGAGCACCCAGACUAUGCCGCAAAUUGGGAUAACGGAGACGUGGCGUGUGAUUCGUACCACAAGUAUGCAGAGGACGUUGAGGCCCUCAAGAACUUGAAAGCAAACACGUACCGCUUUUCCAUCUCGUGGUCGAGGAUCUUACCGAGUGGAGACGUUGACAACAUCAACCAAGCAGGUAUCAACUACUACAACAACCUCAUCAACUUGUUGCUGCAGAACGGGAUCACACCUCUGGUGACGAUGUACCAUUGGGACCUCCCCCAGAUGUUGCAGUACAUCGGAGGAUGGCCAAACCCCGUUGUGGCUGACUACUUCGUCGAGUACGCAAGAGUGCUGUUCGAUAACUUUGGAGACAGGGUAAAGUGGUGGAUCACGUUCAAUGAGCCGGCUGCGUUUUGCUACGGCUACGCCAACAUGUAUUCGCACGCUCCCAGUAUGCCGAACCCAGGAAUCGGUGACUACCUCACGGCACACACCGUCCUCAAGUCGCACGCACGGGUCUACCAUCUGUACCAGGACCAGUAUAAGGCGACGCAGCAAGGUUAUGUUGGCAUCACACUGGACAGCAACUGGUUUGAGCCGUCAACCGACUCCGCAGAAGACCAAGAGGCCUCCGAACGCUCUCUGCAGUUCCAGCUGGGAGAGUUCGCGCAUCCCAUCUUCAGCUCGGACGGCGACUACCCUCCGGUGAUGCGGCAGCGGAUAGACGCCAACAGCGCUGCAGAGGGAAGACCACGUUCCAGGCUGCCCUCUUUCACCGCCGAUGAGGUCGCCUACAUCAAAGGAACGUCCGACUUCUUCGGUCUCAACCACUACGCCACAUCGCACGCCAGGAAUAAAGUGGUUGGUGCCGUUCCGUCCAAGGAGUACGACACUGGCGUUGAGCUGUACCUCAACCAGUCUCUCCCUCACGCCGCCACUGAGUGGCUAGUGGUGGCCCCCUGGGGAUUCCGUAAGCUUCUCAACUGGAUUGCUAAUGAAUACCCAGGAUAUCCCAUAUUUGUUACGGAGAAUGGAUAUUCAGACAAUGGCGAGUGGAACGAUGUGAACCGUACCAACUAUAUCACCAGCUAUAUGGCGGAGAUGUUGAAGGCAAUCAACGAAGAUGGCAUCGAUAUUUUCGGUUACACAGCCUGGACUCUCAUGGACAAUUUCGAGUGGUCAUGGGGAUACACGGCCAAAUUUGGACUCUACUACGUGGACUUCAAUGAUGAUGCGCGACCGAGGACAGCUAAAGACUCGGUUCAGACCCUAGCUCAAAUAUACUCUAGCAAUGAGCUACCAAUGGAAUAUUUUAACUAAUUCGUAACGAGGUCUUUAAGCUGUUAAGUUUAUUGUAUGUAAUAAUGCUCCAAAAAUAAAAAUGAAAUUAACUGCCACUA